AUGUCUUCUAUUCCAUCAUUGGAAGAAACAAUGGCUACAAAAGAAUUUGCUUUGCAAGGAGUUAGUUCAAAUGACUCACCGUAUUUCAAUGAAAGACCUAAAACAUCUGAUGGAAACUCAAAGCAUAGGUCUGUUUAUUUCAAUCGUAGAUUGAAAUUCUAGACUGUUACUAAUUCUCCAUCAAAUGAGAUUAAUGAUGCCUAAAAUCAUAGGUACUAAUCCAUAUCCUUUACUGGCUACAACAAUCAAAGUGAGUCCAUCAAGGAAAGAAAUCUAUAAAUCUAGGGUGGUUUUUCGCACUUGAGCAAGAUAAAUUCAGAAAGUUUGAGUAACUUCAAUUUUACCUCUAAAAAGAAAUUUUAUAAUAUGAGCCCAUCACCUAACACAUAAAAAUACAAAAGAAACUCUGAAAAUAGAUCCAUUGAAAUGGAAAAAUAACUAAAAAUGAAUUAGUAAUAUCUAGACAAAUGGAGAACAGUCAAUAACUAUUAUACAACUUUAAUCUUCAAGAAAAAUUAAGAAAGGGAAGAGAAAAGGAUUUAAAAAUUGAUAAGUGAUUAAGAGAGAAAAUUAAAGGAAGAAAAAGAGAGGAAAAUAUUCGAGGAGGAAAAGAAAAAAUUAGAUCUUAUAGAAUUAGAAGCGAAAAAGAAAAUAGCAAUUCAGUUAAUUAAAAACAAAAUCCUAGAAUACUGGUAGUUCAAAUAAAAAUUUAAAGAGGAAAUGUUUUUAAAAAGAUUUUCGUUUGAAAAAUUUUAGAGCAAAAUUUAAUCUGCUAACGAAGAGUUGAAGGAGAUCUACCAUCGCAAAAUUUAUCUUGAAAAUCUUGAUAAAAUUGUUAAGAUUCAAUCUCGAUUUAGAAUGCAUAGGAUAUUCAAGGUAUUUUCCUCAGUUAUAAAGAGAAUCAUGAGGACUAAGAAAUUAAUGAGUAUUUUAGGCUUGAUAGAAGAUUCAAUAAAAUAUAGAUUAGGAUUUGAGAACUUAAAGUAGUACUUGCCAUUAAAUAUUAAAAAAUUGCCUGCGAAACCUAGAUACUUAGAUUUUAUGAAGUAAAGAACUGCCUCUCCAAUGAGAUAAAGAAGAUAAACGAUUUAAAAUAAUGUAUUACUUAGACCUCCAGUUGUAAAAAAGAGAAAAUCGAAUAUUUCUCUUAUGUAGUCUAGUAAGGAUAGUCAAAAUACUUCCUUUGAUUCUACAAGUAGUUUGAACUCUAGCAGAAGUUCGAGGAAAAAAAAUAGUAGGAUAAACUCUAGGACAAGAAAGAACACAUUUGACUCUGUUGAAAGUUAAUAAAAAUAUUAUUAGUCAAGGAGAACCUUGACAACGAAGAAACUUGAGAGAUCUCCAACAAGGAAAUUAAAUGAUUAAUAGAUAAAAAAAUAAACAACAGUCCACAGAGAAACAUCACUUUCAACCAUAUUAGAUGAGUAUGAGGAUUAGACUUUUUCUAAUAUAGGUUUGGUAGCUAGACCAAGAAUAAGAGAAAAUAGUACAUUAAUGAAAAACACUGAGACUUUUGAAAGAUAUAUUAAGAAAGAUAAUGAAUUAGAUGAUUUUAAUUAUGGCCUCUAGCCUAAGUACAAAUAAAUAUAUAGAAACAAACUUAAGAAGCAUCAUCAUUUGCUAAAGUAAGAUUAAAAGAGCUAAUUCACUCAAAUUGAUGAUGAUCGAAGGAGAGAAUUAUUUAAUAGAUUUUUUACUGAUUUUUAUGAGCAAAAGCCUCCGAAUGAGGUAGCAAAAAUAUAAAUGUCAAGAGUUCAAAUUAAAAAUCCACAAAAUACUCAAUAAAGGUCAUAGAGUAGUAAUUAAUAAAUUGUAACUCAUACAAAUAGUAAAAAAGCAAUCCUACCUCAUGAGAUAUCCAGGAUGUAGAGAUUAGCUUAUUAGUAUCAUUAGUAAUAUGAUACUCUUAAAGUCAAAAUACUAGAUCAAGGUAUCAAAAUGAAUGUGCUAGAUAACACUCUAAUCAAACAAUACAUUUAAAAUAGAAAAGACGCUGUCAAUCAUGUAUUUAAUUUGAAAGCAUCAAUGAAAGACUGUGAUGAUAUACUCUUAAAGAGGUUAAACACUUCUUAAUAAACUAAAAAAAAGAUCUUCUCAUUUAAAAUGGAAUAUCCAUAAUCAUUUUAAGUAACAUCGAACAGUAAUAGCCCUUAGAGAAAGGCAUCAGAGGCCUUAGAAAAGUAUGAUAUAGAGAAUGAAGAUGGAAUCGAGGAAGAAAAUUAUUGA